CGGACUUAACUGCGGCACGGCAGCCAGGGGGAUCAGAGAAAGAGAGAGUGGGAGGACAGGUAGAGAAAGAAAGCUAAAUUCAAGUCCACACUCAUUUCAAUAAACCGCACCAUUGGCAUCAAAACAUCAAGACGACCUAAUUGGACGAAACGAAGAACUUUGCUCACAUCAAUAUUUUCCCCCCGUUCUAAUCACUUAGCCCGGUUGGUUUUUGUAUGAGGUCCAGUAUGAUGACCCACGUAGAGACAACGGUGGUGCACUACAACAAUGGAUACGAACAGGAGGAGUACAUGCUACAAGAAGACGAGUGGGACCGGGAUCUCCUUUUGGACCCGGCUUGGGAGAAGCAACAACGAAAGACGUUUACUGCUUGGUGCAACUCCCACCUGCGUAAGGCUGGAACACAGAUCGAGAACAUCGAGGAGGACUUCAGGAAUGGCCUAAAACUCAUGCUCCUGCUGGAAGUCAUUUCAGGUGAAAGGCUACCCAAACCAGACAGAGGGAAGAUGCGUUUUCACAAAAUUGCCAAUGUCAACCAUGCACUGGAUUACAUCACCAGCAAAGGCGUGAAACUUGUUUCCAUCGGAGCUGAAGAAAUUGUGGACGGGAACGUAAAGAUGACCCUCGGAAUGAUAUGGACCAUCAUCCUUCGCUUUGCCAUUCAGGACAUUUCAGUCGAAGAAACAUCAGCAAAGGAGGGCCUUCUUUUGUGGUGUCAGAGAAAGACUGCCCCCUACAGGAAUGUCAAUGUCCAGAACUUCCAUGUCAGCUGGAAGGACGGCCUGGCGUUCUGUGCCCUCAUUCACAGGCACCGGCCGGAUCUCAUCGACUACUCCAAGCUCAACAAGGAUGAUCCUCUUGGUAAUUUAAAUUUGGCCUUGGAAAUUGCAGAGAAGCACCUGGAUAUCCCCAAAAUGUUGGAUGCUGAAGACAUUGUCAACACCCCCAAGCCUGAUGAAAGGGCAAUCAUGACCUAUGUGUCCUGCUUCUACCACGCUUUUGCUGGAGCGGAGCAGGCUGAGACGGCUGCCAACAGGAUCUGUAAAAUUCUGGGGGUGAACCAGGAGAAUGAGAAGCUGAUGGAGGAGUAUGAAAAGCUUGCCAGCGAGCUGCUGGAGUGGAUCCGGCGGACGACCCCCUGGCUGGAGAACCGCACGCCGGAGAGCACCAUGGCGGCGAUGCAGCGGAAGCUGGAGGACUUCCGGGACUACCGGCGCAAGCACAAGCCGCCCAAGGUGCAGGAGAAAUGCCAGCUGGAGAUCAACUUCAACACCCUGCAGACCAAGCUGCGCAUCAGCAACCGGCCCGCCUUCAUGCCCUCCGAGGGCAAGAUGGUCUCGGACAUCGCCAGUGCCUGGCAGGGCCUGGAGCAGGCCGAGAAGGGCUACGAGGAGUGGCUACUGACCGAGAUCCGCAGGCUGGAGCGCGUGGACCACCUGGCCGAGAAGUUCCGGCAGAAGGCCAACGCCCACGAAGGCUGGUCCGAGGGCAAGGAGCAGAUCCUGACCCGGAAGGACUACGAGUCUGCGUCCCUGACGCAGGUGAGGGCGUUGCUGCGGAAACAUGAGGCCUUCGAGAGCGACCUGGCCGCCCACCAGGACAGAGUGGAGCAGAUCGCCGCCAUCGCGCAGGAGCUGAAUGAGCUGGACUACCAUGCCGCGGCUCUCAUCAACGAGAGGUGCCAGAAGAUCUGUGACCAGUGGGACCAACUGGGAACGCUGACGCAGAAGAGGCGGGAGGCUCUGGAGAGGGCAGAGAAGUUGCUGGAAACCAUUGACCAGCUGUUCCUGGAAUUUGCCAAAAGGGCGGCGCCCUUCAACAACUGGAUGGAGGGGGCCAUGGAAGAUCUGCAGGACAUGUUCAUUGUGCACACUGUGGAGGAGAUUCAGAGCCUGAUCGUGGCGCACGACCAGUUCAAGGCCACCCUGCCCGAAGCAGACGGCGAGAGACAGGCCAUCCUGGGAAUCCAGAACGAGAUUCAGAAGAUUGCCCAGAGCUACGGAAUCGGCACCUCCCUCACCAACCCCUACUCCACAAUCACCACCGCCGAGAUCGGCAUUAAGUGGGACAAGGUGAAGAAGCUGGUUCCUCAGAGAGACGGCCUUCUUCAGGAGGAGCUUGCCCGUCAGCAUGGCAACGAACGCCUGAGACGCCAGUUCGCCGCCCAGGCCAACCUCAUCGGGCCCUGGAUCCAGACUAGAAUGGAGGAAAUUGGUCACAGCUCAGUGGAAAUGAGUGGCACCUUAGAGGACCAGAUGACCCAACUGAAGCAGUUUGAGCACAUCAUCAUUAACUACAAACCCAACAUUGACAAACUGGAAGGAGACCACCAGCUUAUCCAGGAAUCCCUUAUAUUUGAUAACAAGCACACCAAUUACACCAUGGAGCACAUCCGGGUGGGUUGGGAGCUUCUUCUCACCACCAUCGCCAGAACCAUCAACGAGAUUGAGACUCAGAUACUGACCCGGGAUGCCAAGGGCAUCAGCCAGCAGCAGAUGAAUGAGUUCCGGUCCUCUUUCAACCACUUUGACCGGGAUGUCAAGGGCAAGCUGCGGCGUGAUGACUUUAAAGCCUGUCUGAUCAGCCUGGGCCACGUGGGCAGCGGCAAACAGAAGAAGAAAGGGGGAAUGGAGUCAGAUGACUUUAGGGCGUGCUUGAUCUCCAUGGGCUAUGCUUUGGGUGAGGCUGAGUUUGCACGCAUCAUGUCACUGGUGGACCCCAAUGGAACCGGGGUGGUGUCCUUCCAGUCUUUCAUCGAUUUCAUGACCCGGGAGACCGCAGACACAGACACCGCUGAGCAAGUCAUCGCCUCCUUCAGGAUCCUGGCGGCUGAUAAGCCUUACAUCCUGGUGGAGGAGUUGCGCCGGGAGCUGCCGCCGGAGCAGGCCGAGUACUGCAUCAUGAGGAUGCCCCCCUACGCCGGGCCCGGCAAGGUGCCGGGAGCGCUGGACUACACCUCCUUCUCCACCGCCCUGUACGGAGAGAGCGACCUCUAACUGCGUUCCCCCACGGGAGGGCAGCGCAGCCGCGGGCUUCGCCUCGCCGUUUUACAUUUGUUCGGCUUUCAAAAUCUCGCUGUCUGUUGGGUGAAAUUCUGCCCUUCCAAACCCUCCCGCCCCCUUUCCCAACCAGUGUCCAAUGACUACAAUACUCAACAAAGCUAUACUAUGAAAACAAUAGAGAUAUAGCUACGGUUUAAUGCAACAUCUACGCUUUAUUUAAUGUGUGGCACACUCUAGUAUUUCCAGUUUUAAAAACAAGUCAAUUUUUUCAUGUAAUGCAGUUAGAAAGCAGGGUUUGCUUAAUUGCUUUUAUUUUAACUCUAAGAUGAACUGCAGAAACUGACAUACAAAUUAGAUGGGACUAAUGAUUGGAUGAAAGGUUGUUUAUGCUGAUAAAAUAACUCAUCCAUCAUUGAGAGCAUAAAGAGAUGGAAGGAAUAAUUUAACAUAAUAUUUUUGGCACAGGGCAUUCAGGUGGUCAGAAUAAAUAUGGAGUUUUAUCUUUACAGUGCCUAUGUUAUAGUUAGAUAAUGAUAAAUGAUAAAAAUCUCAGUGGUCAAAUGGGGCUCUGAACAUUUGGACGUGUUCACUUACUGAUGUCAAACCUGAAAUUUAGUAGCUCCAUUUAUGUACAUGUAACUUCUUUCUUCAAAUCCAGCACCAAUACAUGGAUAAGUCUCUGUGUAACAUUCAACAGAUGACACUGACUUUUUACAUUUGGCUUAGUUUGUAGUGUAAAAAUGCUUUCAGAAUCCAGAUAUUUUGUAGAGAACCAAACAAUUUACCCAAAAUAAGGCAAUUAAUAAAUAAUAAAUGUAAAAUAUAAGCCAAUUGUUUGUACUUUUCCAGAAACUAAUUAAAAUAAACCCAAUUAUUUGAAAA